AUGCCUUUGGCUAUUGAUGUUGGCCAACGCGUUCUUGUUUACAAUCCUUCACACGGAUGGACCAUGGCAUAUUUCGUUCGAGCACAACAAACAAAUGAUAAUAAACUUCAAAUAUUAACAUGUCGCUUAGCCAAUUGCCACCAUAAACCAACGUCACAAGAUCAUUAUCGUUACCCGCCCGAACGUGUCGCGUUGAAUGAUAGUAUCAAUGACCAAGUCAGUGUCGGUACACGGGUACUUUGUAUGCCAAGUGGUGACGCAGAUACAUCGAGAUAUAUUGAUAAACCAUUGCGAGGAAUCAUUGCUGAACAACCAUCGAAUGAUAAUGAUCAGCGUUAUCUGAUAUUUGCUGAUAGCGAUUCGCCGUUCUACUUACGUUCAACUGCUAUUCGACUGUUACUUGAACCUUUAUCAAAUUAUUUAUCAAAAGUUGAUUUAGGUACCAAACAAUACAUCGAAAACUAUGUUCUAACGUAUCCCAAACGACGUCUAGUCAACGCUUCUGUUAAAGAUCAUAUAAAUAUCGAAUUGAAUGGGCAAUGGAUCGAUGCAAUUGUCUCGAAAGUCGAUGCUAGUCUUAUGCGUGUGUUUUUACCUGUGUUAAAUAAACACGAAUGGCUCUAUCGUGGUUCACUACGUCUUCAACCACUAUUCAAUUCGUUAUCAUCAUACGAACCACCAUGUAAACGAUUGGCAACGGAAAAACCAUUGACACUUACCAAUAACAAAUGCCAUUUUCUUCUCGUACCAUUGAAUUACGGCUGGAAACGACAGAUAAGGAAUGAUCUCGGUACUAUUGUCUAUGUUUCACCUUGUGGACAGAUGUUUACCGAUGGUGAACGUUUACAUGCCUUUCUCUAUCAAACACAGUCAUUAUUAUCGAUCCGACAAUUUACAUUCGAUAUGAACUGUCGUGUUACACAAAAAUUUAUUUCGCCAAAUACUGCUUUUGUUAAUCUCGAAGAUUAUACGUCAGGAAAAGAUAAUGUGCCCAUAAUGCUUGUCAAUGAAAUUGAUUCAACAUUACCAAAACCGUUUGAUUAUGUUACUGAACGAAUACCACUGACGUCGGACAUUGUCAUGGAGAAGGAGAGUAUCAAAGGUUGUUCGUGUCUGGAUGGAUGUAUUGAUACGACAAAAUGUGCUUGUUGGCAGAAAACGUAUGAUGGAAUAAUCCAAUCGCAUUAUUAUGAAGAUUUAAUUGGUUCAUUGAAGGAUUUAUUUCAACAAUCGAUCGAUAUCGAAGAUGAUACGAUUGAUCACACCGAAGAAAUGCGAUUAUUUCUUUACGAUGCAUUAUCAAAACGAAAUUUCGGUUAUAAGCAUGGAAGAUUACUGGAAAAGAUUCAUUCAGGUAUCUAUGAAUGUAAUGGGAAAUGUAAAUGUGAUUCACGUUGUAUAAAUCGUUGUGUGCAAUUCGGUUUAAAUACUCUGUUGCAAAUCUUUAAUACCUCGGAGAAAGGCUGGGGUGUACGAACAUUAUAUGAUCUACCAGCUGGUACUUUUCUCAGUUUUUAUGCCGGAGAAAUACUUAACGAUGAAGAUGCUAAUCGACGUGGUACAGAGAAAUCCAUGGGUGAUGUCUACUUUACAGCAUUGGAUUUUAUAACAUCGUUAAAACCAACAUUUUUACAGAAGAAAUCAAGAACAAUAUUUUUAGGUCAAUCGGACGAACAUAUGAGUAUGCUGAAUGAAGAUCAUCAACUAACUUCGAAUGAAUUAUGUAACGUUCAAUUGAAUGGGAAUAAACAACCAUCGACAGAGGAGAAAUAUCGAGGUUUAUCCAACUAUGAUUCUGGUGUGUAUGUGAUGGAUGCUCAUUAUAAAGGAAACGUGUCUCGAUUUUACAAUCAUUCAUGUUCACCGAAUGUCUUCGUUCAAAACAUCUUUGUUGAAACAUGGGACGUUCGAUUUCCAUGGGUUGCGUUUUUCACAACAUCUAGUAUUAAAGCCGGUACUGAACUCGUUUGGGACUAUUCCUAUGAAGUUGAUACAGUGGAAAAUCGUGUGUUACAUUGCCGUUGUGGUUCAGACGAAUGCCGCCAUCGAUUACUUUAA